GCUUGCAGACAGAGAUGAGAGGCGGAACAGACAAAAUGAGGCAGAGUUUUCUCUGAGAGGCGAAGAUAGAACCCAGAUUAGAUCGGGAUGGCUGCGAGAAUAAUGGAGGAGGUGUCCGCGUCCCUCAGCAGCCUCGUUCACGGGAUCCCGAAGGAUGGGUACACACAGACAUCGAUAGUUUUUAAAGAGGAGGCUGAAGAGUUUGAGGGGAAACCUGGUGGAGAUGAUGGCGGUGACCUUCUGUUCGAGGAGAGGAGCGCCCCUGAGCUGCCGCUCCACGGUGACCUGGCGCAGUACGUGGCAACUUUACGCACGCACCCGGUGUCGUUCAGCGGCAGGUUUUCGGUGGACUCCAGAGGCGCAGGGGGGCCGUGGACACCGGGGGACAUCAUCAACGUGCUGAGCGCUGACAUCGCAGCCCCGGGACCGGCCACCGUGUCCGGGUCGUCCUCAGCAUCGCCAGAUAUUUACGCAGGAGGAGGCGGCGGAGGAGGAGGAGGAGGAGACGCGGGGGACGGCAGCAUGGCGCACGGCCAGCCGGACAUCAGCCACAUGUACGCGCCCACUCACCCUCACUCUCACCCUCACCCCCACCCUCACCCGGCUCCGUCCUACUCCUGCAGCGGGGACAUGUACCAGGACCCGUCGGCGGGGGGGUACCUGGCGACGUCCACCUGCGCCGUGUCCUACCACCCCCCUCCCACCUACAACUCUGCGCCCAAACCCACAGUUGACGGCGCCGCGCUGCUCUCCAUCAUGCCCGACUAUGGAGGCUUCUACCAGCAGAGCUGCCAGAGGGACAUCCAGGCAUCUUUCCCCGAGAGGAAGUCCCUCCCCUACCCCCUGGACUCCCUCCGGGUGCCCCCGCCUCUCACGCCUCUAAACACCAUCAGGAACUUUACGCUCGGUGCGCCCACGCCGGCCGCCGAGGGCCCCAUGGCCGCGGCCUUCGCCGGCCACCAGAACCUCCCACUGAGGCCGAUCCUGAGACCCAGGAAGUACCCGAACCGGCCCAGCAAGACGCCGGUCCACCAGAGGCCGUACCCGUGUCCGGCGGAGAGCUGCGACCGGAGAUUCUCGCGCUCAGACGAGCUGAGCCGGCACCUGCGCAUCCACACCGGCCACAAGCCCUUCCAGUGCCGCAUCUGCAUGAGGAACUUCAGCCGCAGCGACCACCUCACCACCCACAUCCGGACGCACACCGGGGAGAAGCCGUUCUCCUGCGACCAAUGCGGAAGGAAGUUCGCCCGGAGCGACGAGAGGAGGAGACACAUGAAGAUCCACCUCCGACAGAAGGAGAAGAAGUCCUCCGCGUCCUGAACCUGCUCAACUUUCUGAGUUGGACCAUGAUGCUGCUGCCACAACAACCGCUCCCUGGCAACAGAGCCCAGUCUAGUUCAAAAUGGAGGGAAGACACUUCCUUUAGAAGCCAUACCUUAAAAAUAAGCAUCAGGGAGAAUCUGAAUCAUUAUUAUUAUUAUUAUUAUUUAUCUAAAAACACGAUUCCUCACAGGUUCUGGUGUUGAACUUAAACGAAAAUAAAGCCUUUAGUCCCUCUGCUUGCUUCAGUGCUCUGGGGGAACCCACAUACUGUCUAUGCUUCAUGCUUCUCAGGGAUUCACUUUUACUUUCACACAGUUACAAGCAGCAGAGAUGAGACCAGCUCCUCUAAAUCAGCUGCAGGAUAAAAUGAGUAAAACACAAAAACGAGUCACAGAGGUGGAACUAUUUGGAUUUAAACUCUCUUUACUCCCUCGUUUGUUUGUGACUGGAUGUGGCUAACGAAGCUUAAAGUUUUCCUCUGGCUAUAGAUGCAGCAAAAUGACUUUUUUUGUUUUUGUUUUGUAACCUGGUUUUCUAUCAUAUUAGAAUCACAUGUAACUCAUGUUUGGAUUUGAUGAGACUGUAGCUUGAUAAUCUGUUUACGUUCUGGUCCUGUUUCUAUUUUAUUUUUUUGGAUGGUUUGUUUCCAAUGAAUGUGAAGUAGAGAGACACUGGGAAAAUAAAAAGUUCUGUUUUCUAAUUUUUAUGCAAAUGAGCAACUAAAGCCUUUUAUUCCGACGGACUGAUGCUUCUUGUCGAUGCAAAUAAAUGUUCAGUUGUUGAGUCCAA